AUGUUACCAAAUUCUCCAAUUCUCAAACCAGAAGACGACUCUGUUGUGGGUCCUGAGUUUCUCCGAACCUGUUUGAGAAUUGGAGAAUUUGAUAUUAAAAUACCAUCAACAACAACCAUUGGGCAUUUCUGCGAAGAUAUUCAGCAAGAAGGCGAGGGCAGCAGAGCUGCUCAUCAAGGAAUGAAGGAAAUAUAUAAGAUGAAGCUGCAGCAUGCACAAGCAGCUGAAAUCCUAAACCUAGUUUGUCAGAAUCUGAUGCUUUUGCCUGACGACAAUAAGAACGUCAUUAGGACCGCACUGAAUUUUGCAGCUGAGCAAGAGAAUGCUGAGUUUGUUUUGCGAGUAACGAAGGCAAAUCCAGAGUUAAUCUCUCUGGUUACAAAUGUUCACACAAGCUUUCCUGUUUUCUUCAGAACCGUUGUUGAAUGUCGUAAAGCUGCGGUUUUCAGCCUCUUCCGUGGUUUUCACUUUAAGAUUAUGGCAGCAGCAACAGCAGCAGAAGAGACAACAAAUAACUUGCUGCAUGCAGCAGCCUCGUUAGCUCCUGAUUCCUACCUUAGCAGAAUCUCCGGUGCCGCACUGCAGAUGCAAAGAGAACUGCAAUGGUUCAAGGCUGUCGAGAGUGUGGUGGAUCCUGGAUAUAGGCUACAUCAAAACAAGAAGGGGCUGAUUCCUCUAGAAUAUUUCAAAGAAAACCACAAAGAGCUAAGGGCUCAAGGAGAAAAGUGGAUGAAGGAAACAGCGUCUUCUUGCUCAGUUGUUGGGAUUCUAAUUGUUACUAUCAUGUUUGCCGCAGCUAUAACAGUUCCUGGAGGGAACAAUCAGAAUUCAGGGUACCCAAUGUUUAUGAAAGAGAAGUUAUUUAAAGUUUUCUUGAUCUCAGAUGCUCUUUCUUUGUUUUCAUCCACUACUUCUGUGCUCGUGUUUUUAGAAAUCCUCACCUCACGCUACGUGCAACACCUUACUUUUAUAUACUAA